UUGUCGCUCCCUUUCAAUAUUCGCACACUCGUCGUUGAGGCAGCAACACCCACCUGUUGUUGGUUCCUGCUCAACUGGUGCUAUCGUCGUAGUGUGUGUGUGUGUGUGUGUGUCUGUGAGGGACAGAGCACUCGAGUGUGUGUGUGUGUCUGCAUUAAUAUUGUGUAGCAUACUUUGUGGCGCGAAUCGAGACUAAAAGCAACCAAAGCCAUCGAACCAUAUGGCAGCAUAAAUUGGCAGUGUCAAUCAGUUUGUGAGGAAGAUUUACAAUUAGCUUAUCGUGCGGCCGACAUGUCGGAGCUGUCGACACAUGGCCAUGCCCAGAGGCAGGCAGACCAAGCAGCUGCCGUCCAGCUAAAUGCCUCGGCCAGACGCUGCUCUACGCCCGCUAAUGGCAGCAGUAAUCGCUGUCUAAUUGCAGUGAUUGUCUACCUGGCCCUGCUGCUGGAUAACAUGCUGCUGACCGUGAUUGUACCAAUUCUGCCAGAUUAUUUGGCCGGACUGGAGCUGGAGGCCUCCACACCGCUGGUGCUUAGCCUGGAGGAGACAACCCCAUCCUCGAAGCUGGCCUAUCGCAAUGGAGAGAUGGUCGGUGGCGGCCAUCAGCUACAUACUGCCAAACAUCCUAUUCCCGGCAAAUCGAUGGUCAAUUUUACGCUGCUUCAGAUCUCCACAGAGCGACCAACAACCACCACAGUUACACCCAUGACUGCGGCGACGGCACUAAUGCUAGAUAUCGUCCAUUCGGGCGGCACUAAUGUGACCGCCUCCACCUCCACCAGCAAGGUAGCUCCCGAUAGCCUUAAAGCCAGUAAUGUGCACUCAAAUAGCAGCCGGAGUCUGACCUUGGCGCAGGAGAACGGAUCCAUUGGCCUGCUGCUGGCCAUGAAGGCCCUGGUGCAAUUAAUUUUCAAUCCGAUUGUCGGCAACGCGACCGGCAAGUUUGGCUACCGCCUACCCAUUGUCGUGGGCACCUUCUUCCUGCUCGUCUCCUCAUUGGUGUUCACUGUGGGCGAGUCCUACUGGGCGCUGUUGGUGGCUCGUGCCGUGCAGGGCGUGGGCUCUGCGUGCAUCAAUAUCUGCGGCAUGAGUCUGGUGGCCCAAAACUAUCCAGAGGAGGCACGUCGCUCCAAAGUAAUGGGCAUCAUCUUGGGCAGUAUUGCAUUGGGCGUGCUGCUCGGCUAUCCAUUCGGCGGUAUCCUUUACGAUCUGAUGGGCAAAUCCGCUCCCUUCAUUAUACUCUCAACGAUGAUGUUCUUUAGCUUGGGCCUGCAGCUGCUGACGUUAGAUCUGUCUGUGCAGCCGGAGGUGGUGGUAGAGGAAACUCCCAAGUGGCGGCCACUGCUCGAAUGCAAAAUGAUCUUGGCCAUUGUGCUGGCCAUCUGGUUCUCGACGUCCACGAUGGCCAUGCUUGAGCCGUGCCUGCCCAUCUGGCUGAUUCAGUACUUGAAGCCGAACAAAUGGCAGCUGGGAACUGUCUUCAUACCCGAUUCGGUGGGCUAUUUUGUGGGCACCAAUUUCUUUGGCAGCGUUGCCUAUCGCUUUGGCCAGGUGAAGGUCUCCUGCAUCAGUCUGCUGCUGGUGGGAAUCGCCUCGAUUUUGAUACCCAGCGCGACGACUGUUAGCCAGCUACUGUUGCCGCACUUUGCUCUGGGUCUUGGCAUUGGGGUGAUUGAUGCCGCUCUGGUUCCGCUGCUGGCCACCUUUGUAGAUGCCACAUUGGCCCAAGAGGAGCAGGGUGAGGUCAGCACUCCCAUUUCCAGCUACGGCACUGUCUAUGCCAUACAGCAGACAUCCGUUAGCCUGGCCUAUUGUUUGGCUCCAUUGAUUGGUGGGGAGUUGGCUCAGACCUUUGGCUUUGCCUGGCUAAUGCGCAUAGUGGGCAUAUGCAACAUGAUCUAUGGCCCCAUUCUGGUGUAUCUCUAUCACAAAUACGAUCCAAAGAUCCUAAGGGAACAGCAUAAUGAUAUGCUGCUUCAAAGCAGUGGCCGUGGAUCUCGUUAUAAACAGCUCUACAACUCCAUGGACGUGGAAUAGCUCGCCCGGCUUAUGCCACGAAUCUUCGAAAACAUUAAGCAAUCAAUGUAAAGAGUUACUUUAUUCGUUUGUUUAUUUUUUGGCUCAACUAAAGCAAUAUAUUUGGAGAUGAUUUUUCUGUACCCAUGGAACAG